CGUGUGGUGGACUGGUGGUUGCGUUGCGUUGCGUUGCUUCGAGUUGGAGGUUGGAGUUGGAGUGGGCCGCGUGCGAGAGGAUCUGAGCGGAUAGGCCAUGGAGUGGAGUGAUUAGCGGUUGCUGGGUCAGGAGAAGGCGGCGUGUGUUUUGAUCCUACUCGCGUUUGAGGGGCCCCGAUUUCGAGCGGGUGUUCAGUUUUGGUGCCGGAUUUCGAGCGGGUGUUUAGUUUUGGUUUUGGGGACAAUGGUUUUGGACUGCCUGAUAUUCGAUUCAUAGGUUGGUCAAACGCUUUGGAGUAGAGAUUUUUUUCCCGGAAAACAAGAGCCAUUUUUCUAGUUGUGCUACUCGUCAAUCAAUCCAUGGAAGCUGAACUCUGGAAGAAGAAACUUUCCUAAUUAGACCCGGUAUUUCGUGGUUGGCCGUUGGCGUCUAAAGCGCGUUUUAGUUUAAAUAUAUGAACACAUUUUCCUGUUUACUCCGCCCAAAAUCUUUCCGCUGGAUCUACUUGUGAAUCGGGUUUGUUUGUUUUUUACCUGAGCUAUUCUUGUUGAUUUAGGAUUUCGAGUCGGCAGAUCCAAGGGAACGCCGAAUUUUGCCUGAUUUCUUCGCAAUUUUUGGUCCGAUCAAGAGGCUCCUAGCCUUUUUUUUUUCCUCGCGAGAAGCAAGGGGGUCUCCCUUUUCUUCUUUCGCUAUGUCCAUGGCUUUGAGCCGCUUCACGCAAUGGCUGUGGCCGGGGGGCGCCGCGGCGCGGGUGGACACCCACGAGCACCCCAGUGGGGGGCUAACGAGCUCCUCCUUCCCUGACUUCCCCUCCGGGUUCCGGGAGCCCGACACCGUCACGUUCUACACCGGCCGCCAGCGCGCGCGCCCGAGGAGGGUCAGGAAUCGCCGCCGCAGCCGCGGGGAGGCCCGUGUCGACCGGGAGUACGACAUGGUCAUCGUCCCGUCCGACGGCGGUGGCUGCCUGUCUGGCUCCGACUCCGACGACUCCGACUGGUCCAUCGGCUGGCUCGAGCCACAGGCGCCGGAGCUUCAGACGGACGGCGACCCCGAGAACUGCUUCGCCGUCCUCGUUCCGUGUUACCGCCACGGCCGCCAGGAGCAGCAGCCACGGAGGCAGGAGGGCAGGUUUCUUGGCGCCGGCGCCCUCACCGAUGGUGGUCCCUCUGAUGGAAAGAAUUUUGUAGAGCAGUGGCUUUCUUCUUUCCAGAACUAAUAUCGUCAGACCUCUCCUAAGCUACCCUGUAAAUAGUAUCACUCUGUUUUAGUUCUACUACGUUUGUCCUAGUCGCACAACGUAUCGAUGAAGGAAGACAUGAAAAAGAAAUCUAAAAAGAAAAAGAAAAAAAAGAGGAGCAGUAGAAUUUUGAUUUCUGAAGCAGCACCAAUUGGAUAUGUCCUUCCUGAGGGUCCCAGGUUAUUCUACUCUUGCCAAGCAAGGCGAAAGCUGAGCUGCACAAACUGCGCGCCGUCGAGAAUGAUUUUGCCGUCCUGAUAUGUGCUGAGUGCUAACACGUAGAGAUGAACUGCUAUUCCAUUGUUAAUUUGUCCCAUUUGCUUGGCGACCUCGGAUUCUACUGCCUGUACAGUGUUCUUGCAGUGUAUAUAGUCUUGCGCAGGACUACUGCAGUUGCGCGAUUUUUCAGUGUGUGUUGGUACGUGUGUCGUAUUCUUGUACAUGGAACUGAAUUUCUGAUGAAUGAAUCUAUCUGGUGUAUAUAAUUUUUGUGAC